CGCUUGUUGGUGAACUCAAGAUCAGCUCCUCUCCCAUCCCGUUGCCAUUCACAUACACUAGUUGUUCUCUAGCUCGUCCAAACAAUAUGGCUGUUGAGCUUGGGCAUCUCGCCCGAGCAGCCGCAGCAAUACUUUGCCUGUUGAUUUUCCAUGUUACACCGUCUGAUUCCCUUGCUAAAGCGAGGGUAUCAGGUGGGACUGGAACCUGCAUCACCAGGGAGCGGGAUGCGCUUCUGUCCUUCAAGGCAGACCUUCUCGACCCCACUGGCCGUCUCUCGUCAUGGCAUGGCGAAGAUUGUUGUCAGUGGGAGGGAGUCCAGUGCAGCAGCAGAACAGGUCAUGUCAUGAAGCUCAACCUCCGCAACACCUACGAAAAUGGCUACAAGUACAACAGCCUGAAACUGGAAAGAGAUGAGAUGAGCUCCUCUUUGGCUGCUUUGCAACAGUUGAGGUAUCUUGAUCUGAGUUGGAAUGACUUCAAUGGCGCAAGCAUACCUGCGUCCAUGGGCUCUCUGGAGAAUCUAAGGUAUCUCAACCUCUCGAUGUCAGAUUUUAGUGGGACAAUACCUUCCCAACUCGGUAAUCUCUCAAAUUUGAAAUAUCUUGAUGUUGGUGGGGAUAACAAUUCUUUGCAAGCAGUAGAUCUUGCAUGGUUGUCACGUCUUUCAUUGUUGACUUAUCUUGACUUGAGCUAUGCGGACCUUAGCGAUGUGCGGGAUUGGGUUCACGUGGUAAACCCGCUUUCUUCUCUCAAGGUGCUUUACUUACAAUAUUGUGGUCUUAGCCUUACCAAUACAGUGCCUGCUAGUUCAAAAUCAAACCUCACACAUCUUCAAGUCCUUGAUCUAUCAUACAACUGGUUUAACACAUCACUAGAGCAAAACUGGUUCUUCUGGGAUAUGAAAAGCCUUAAGGAGCUUCACCUCUCCUAUUGCGAGUGGCAUGGACCUAUUCCUGAAAAACUAGGAAACAUGACAGCCCUUCAAGUCAUUGAUUUCAGUGGGAAUGGUCUUGUGGGUUUGAUACCGAGCAACUUAGAAAAUUUGUGCAAUUUGGAAGUGCUGAAUUUAGAUUAUAACAACAUUAAUGCAAGCAUAGGAGAAUUCAUGGAUCGACUUCCAAGGUGCUCAUGGAGUAAAAUACAAGUCUUGUCAAUGUAUAAUACAAAUCUAACCGGAAAACUACCAAUCUGGAUUGGGAACAUGACCAGUCUUAGUGUUAUUUCAGCCAGUCAAAACAUGAUAACUGGUACUGUACCAAUGGGAGUUGGAGCACUUGGUAACUUGACAGUGUUGGAUCUCAGCAACAAUAAACUUGAUGGUGUGCUUAUGAAGGAGCAUUUUUCAAGCUUAUUUAAAUUAGAAUAUCUGGAAUUGGGAGGCAACUCCUUGAAAAUAGACAUCGAACAAAACUGGGUUCCUCCAUUUGGACUAAAGUCCAUAGACUUAGGGUCAUGCCUAGUGGGGCCCCGUUUUCCGGAGUGGAUUAGAUGGCAGACUGAUGUUUAUUCUCUUUGUCUUCGAAAUGCAAAUUUGGAUGAUGUCAUUCCUGAGUGGUUUUGGGUGACAUUUUUCCGAACUAAAUUCUUGGAUGCAUCGGGAAACAAGUUGCGUGGUUCCUUACCGGCAAAUCUACAACACAUGUCAGUGAGAAUGUUAUAUCUUGGGUCCAAUAUGCUUAUAGGUCAAAUUCCAGGGCUCCCUGUAAAUAUAUCAUAUUUGAAUCUGUCCUCAAACUCUUUCUCAGGGUCAUUGCCAUCAAAGCUAAAAGCUCCACUGCUUGAGCAGUUGUUGCUGGCAAAUAAUCAAAUUACAGGCACCAUUCCAUCAUCUAUAUGCCAAUUGACUGAACUGCGACGGUUGGAACUAUCAGGAAACAAUUUAACAGGAGAUGUUAUGCAGUGCUGGAUGGAGUCAGAUAGCAAUUCCUCAGUAUCCAACACAAACUCUGCGGGUCAAUUUGGUUCUGUCAUGGUUAGUCUUGACUUGAGCAACAAUGAUCUCUCUGGUGAAUUCCCUAAAUUUCUUCAGAGUGCCAAAAAUUUGGUAUUCCUUGAUCUUUCAUUCAAUAGGUUCUUUGGAAUAUUGCCAAAGUGGUUACCAGAAAAAAUGCCACUGUUGCAAAUCUUGAGGGUGAGAUCAAACAUGUUUAGUGGUCGUAUUCCAAAGAACCUUACUUGCCUUGAAAGUCUUAAUUAUUUGGACUUGGCCCGUAACAAUAUAUCAGGAAGCAUACCAUGGUCAUUGUCAAACUUGAAAGCAAUGAUAGUCGUAUCUCAGAAAGAUGCGAAGUACGAUUUGGAGGAGAGCAUAACAGUCACCACAAAAGACCAAACACGUGACUAUACCUAUGGAAUCUACAUGCAACUGGUGAAUCUUGAUCUGUCAUGUAACAUUAUCGGCAAAAUCCCAGACCAGAUCGGGAAUCUGAAGCAGUUGGAGUCCUUGGACCUAUCCUACAAUGAGUUAUCUGGUGGAAUCCCAUCAAGUUUGUCGGAUCUAACCUCUCUGAGCCACUUGAACUUGUCAUACAACAACUUAUCAGGCGUGAUACCAUCCGGGCAACAGCUGCAGGUUCUCGACAACCUGAACUUUACCUACAUCGGCAACCCCGGUCUAUGUGGCUACCCUCUAUCCAAGAACUGCUCUACUAGUACAACUGAUGCAAAGCAAAGUGCAGAUCAUGAAGAUGCAGAUCAUAUCUCCUAUCUCUACCUUGGGAUGGGCAUAGGAUUUGUGGUCGGCCUUUGGGUGGUGUUUUGCGCCAUGUUACUGAGGAGAACCUGUGCGAUUGCCUACUUUCAGAUCAUUGACAAGCUGUAUGACAAGGUUUAUGUGCGGGUGGCUAUAGCUUGGGCUCGCCUCAUGAAGAAGAACAAUGACGAUGCAGCGUGAGGAGCCCGCUUCAUGUGCAAUUGAACUGCUCAAGAUCUGUAUGUUAGUACUUCAUAAUUUGGAGAAUAAAUUGUGCUUUGGUGUGUGUAGUGUGUACUACUGUGACUAUAUACUAGUUUCUGGUGGUAUUAUUAGUUAUCUGUAAAGGUACUUAAUGUACCGUAGAACAAUAUAUUGUAUGGAUUGAAUCGAAUGAAAUGUUCCAUCAAUUUUAUAAGAUGUCUUGUUCUGUAAACAGACUAUUCUAGUCUGAUUGUAAUGCCUUCAAUAAUUAAUGUACUCGUUUACUGGUCUA